AUGGACUCCUUCUCCAAGCGUGUGAAAACUUUUGAUGCAUUUCCAAAAGUAGAUCCUCAGCACCAGGUACGAUCACAAAGGGGUGGUCUCUCCACUUUACUUACAUACUUUCUUGGAUUACUUAUAUUGUGGGUCGAGGUUGGAGGCUACAUAGGUGGAUACGUGGAUAGGCAAUUCCUUGUUGACGAUGUUUUGAGAUCUGACUUGACCAUAAACCUCGAUAUGAUUGUGGCAAUGCCAUGUGAAUAUUUACACACGAACGUUGAGGAUAUCACAAGAGACCGUUUUCUUGCUGGAGAGACAUUAAAUUUCGAAGGGGUCAAAUUUUUUAUUCCUCCAAAUUUUUCCAUAAAUAACCCCAAUGACUUUCAUGAAACACCAGAUUUGGAUGAGGUGAUGCAAGAAAGCUUGAGAGCUGAAUUUAGUCAAUUGGGGAGAAGAGUUAACGAAGGAGCUCCUGCUUGCCAUAUAUUCGGUUCCAUACCUGUCAAUCAAGUCAAAGGAGAUUUCAGGAUUACAGCAAAGGGGUUUGGAUACAGAGACAGACUGUUUGUACCAUUAGAAGCACUCAAUUUCAGCCACGUUAUACAAGAGUUUUCAUACGGUGAUUUUUAUCCAUUUUUGAACAAUCCGUUGGACGCCACGGGGAAAGUGACUGAAGAAAACUUGCAAACCUAUCUAUACCAUGCAAAAGUUGUACCUACUUUGUAUGAAAAGCUUGGAUUAGAGGUUGACACGACUCAAUAUUCCUUGACAGAAAACCACCACGUUGUAAAAGUUGACCCACAUUCCAAAAGACCUCAAGAGAUACUGGGGAUAUACUUUGCAUACGAAUUUGAACCAAUAAAGUUGAUUAUAAGGGAAAAGAGAAUUCCAUUUCUACAAUUUAUUGCAAAGUUGGGGACAAUCGCUGGCGGAGUGGUUGUGGCUGCAGGAUACCUUUUCAAACUAUACGAGAAGUUGCUACUAAUACUUUUCGGUAAAAAGUACGUUGAGCAAGGCAAGGAAAGAAAGGAAGGAGGGUUGCUAGACAAGGAUACAAAAGUUACUGAAUAG